AUGGCAGACGAUAAUGUAAAGAGAAGACGAGGAGAGGGGAAAGCCGGGUGUGUAAAUGUUGAGAUCCAGCAGUCUUCCUCUCCCUUUCCAACUGUGUGGAAAGGUUUUGGGGAGAAAGUGGGACUGCUGUUACCAUAUAUCUGGCCCAAAGGCUCCUCGGCUCUGCAGGGACUGGUGCUGGUGUGUGUGGGCUUACUGGCAGCAGAGCGACUGGUCAAUGUAUUGGUUCCGGUUUACUCCAAAAACAUCGUCAAUGAGCUGUCUGCAGGAGGCAGCUGGACUUCACUGGUCAUCACUGUCUGCAUCUACACACUGCUGAAGUUCCUACAAGGUGGAGGGGCAGGUACUUCUGGUUUCAUCAGCAAUCUUCGUCAGUUUCUGUGGAUCAGAGUUCAGCAGUUCACCAGCAGAGGCGUUCAGGUGCGUUUGUUUUCCCACCUCCAUGGCUUGUCUCUGCGCUGGCACCUGGAGAGACACACUGGGGACGUGCUGAGGAGUGUUGACCGAGGCACCUCAUCUAUCAACAACCUGCUUAGCUACAUCCUGUUCAGCAUCCUCCCUACCAUCUGUGACAUCAUCAUCGCCAUCAUUUACUUUGUCUCCUACUUCAGUGUCUGGUUUGGACUCAUCGUUCUCGCCUGCAUGGUGCUUUACCUCACGUGUACCAUCCUGAUCACAGAGUGGAGGACAAAAUAUAGGCGAGAGAUGAACAAUCAGGACAAUAAUGCAAAGUCCAGAGCCGUAGACUCGCUGCUCAAUUUUGAGACGGUGAAAUAUUACAACGCUGAGGACUAUGAAGUCCGCUGCUUUGAGGAAGCCAUUAUGAAAUAUCAACGGUGUGAAUGGAAGAGCUCAGCGUCCCUCGCACUGCUGAACCAAACACAGAAUGUCAUCAUAGGGUCGGGACUGCUCACUGGAUCUCUGCUCUGCGCCUACCUGGUCUCCAAGGGACAAUUCCAGGUUGGAGAUUAUGUUCUGUUUGGAACCUACAUCAUCCAACUGUACACUCCUCUGAACUGGUUUGGUACCUACUACAGGCUGAUUCAGAGCUCAUUUGUUGACAUGGAGAACAUGCUGGCUCUGCUGACAGUGCAGAAAGAGGUGCAGGACAUUGAGGAUGCGCAGGACUUGCAGCUCACAGCAGGUCAGGUGGAAUUUGACAGAGUCUCUUUCAGCUACGUGUCAGGCACUGAGGUUCUCAGAGAUGUCAGCUUUACGGUGGCGGCGGGGCAGACAAUUGCUCUGGUUGGUCCAUCUGGAUCAGGCAAAAGCUCCAUCCUGCGUCUGUUGUUCAGAUUCUACGACCCUCAGAGUGGCUGCAUCCGCAUCGACGGUCAGGACAUCUCCAGGGUGCGUCAGUCUUCUCUGAGGUCACACAUCGGAGUGGUUCCCCAGGAUACCGUUCUCUUCAACGACACCAUCAGCAACAACAUCCGCUACAGCCGAGUUACGGCCAGCCAACAGGAGGUGGAGAAUGCUGCCACGGCUGCUGACAUACACGCCAGGAUACUGGAGCUACCUCAGGGUUAUGAAACGGAUGUGGGGGAGCGUGGUCUGAAGCUCAGUGGUGGGGAGAAGCAGAGAGUGGCGAUCGCUAGAACCAUCCUGAAAGACCCUCAGAUCAUUCUGCUAGAUGAGGCCACUUCCUCACUGGACACACAGACUGAGAGGAACAUCCAGGCUUCACUGGCCAAGGUCUGCACCAACAGGACGACUAUAGUGGUCGCACACAGGUUGUCCACUAUUGUAGAGGCGGACCAAAUCCUGGUAGUUCACAACGGACAGAUUGCAGAGAGAGGAAGGCAUGAGGAGCUGCUGGUCCAGGGAGGUCUGUAUGCAGCCAUGUGGAUGAAACAGCAGAAAGGUCUCGACACACAAACAGAAACGCAGAUCAAAAAUCAGACUCCAGACACUUGA